UAGUAUAAACUUCACUUAGUUGAUACUCUCUUUAAGCUUAUAAACUAAUCAACUAAGCAAUCUUCUUGCUACACUCUUUUCUCAUAUCACCUUUCUUUUCACUAUAUAUACUUGCAACCAUCCCUCUCUUCACUUUGAGCUUGUUCCAACACAAUAUUUUUUUUAACUAACACCUUUCUCAAUCCUAUAUUUUCCUUUUUCUUUUCUUUUAUGCCCUUCACUUAGUUUUAAUUAUUAUUACAACUUCAAUAAUAAACAUCAAUACCUACCCCCAAGAUUUAUUUCCCCAACAUGUUGGAGCCUAAUUUCCCCAUCACAUUAAAGUUUGAAGAUGUGGUGUACAAGGUAAAAUUGGAAGGCAAAAAAAGCAAGGAAAAGACAAUUCUAAAAGGAGUAAGUGGGAUGGUAAAACCAGGAGAAAUCCUAGCCAUGUUGGGUCCCUCAGGAAGCGGUAAAACCACUCUACUUAGCGCUCUCGGAGGAAGACUCAACACAAAAUUACUCCACGGUAAAAUCACCUACAACAAUCAACCCUUUUCCGGUAUCAUAAAACGACGGUCAGGAUUUGUUCCCCAGGAUGAUAUCCUAUACCCUCACCUCACUGUAUUCGAAACUCUUUUCUUUACUGCCCUUUUAAGGUUACCCAACACCCUGACCCACCCAGAAAAAGUAAACCAAGUUGAAACGGUAAUAUCAGAAUUGGGCCUGACCCGAGUAAGAAAUAGUAUGAUUGGGGGCCCAUUAGUGAGGGGUAUAUCAGGGGGUGAAAAAAAAAGGGUAAGUAUUGGUCAAGAAAUGUUAAUUAACCCUAGUUUAAUGUUGUUAGAUGAACCAACAUCUGGGCUAGACUCAACCACAGCAAUGAGAAUAAUGAGUAUUUUAAAGGGUUUAGCUGAGAAAGGAAGAAGUUUAAUCACAACCAUUCAUCAACCAUCAAGUAGAUUAUAUCAUAUGUUUGAUAAGGUGGUUGUUUUAAGUGAGGGUAGUCCUAUUUAUUAUGGGUCUUCAUCUUACGCUCUUCAUUAUUUUUCUUCUAUUGGGUUUUCCACUUCUUUUACUAUUAAUCCUGCUGAUCUACUACUUGACCUUGCUAGUGGAAUUGGACCGGAGUCAAAGCAUGCAAUGGAACAAGGUGAAAACAUGGAGAAAGAGAAGAAGGAAGUGAAAGAAGCUGUUAUUUCUGGUUAUGAAAAGAAUAUAUACACAACAUUGAAGUCUGAACUUUCCAAUUUGGAGUCGGCUAAUACAUUUGAUUCCAAGAAAGAUGCUUCUACAUUACAAAGGAAAGGAAGAAAAGGAGAGCAAUGGUGCACAAGUUGGUGGCAUCAAUUCAAAGUAUUAGUACAAAGAGGGAUGAAAGAAAGAAGAUAUGAAGCAUUUAAUAGGUUAAGAAUAUUUCAGGUCUUAAGUGUUGCAAUUCUUGGUGGGCUCCUUUGGUGGCAAACCCCAGAAUCCCACAUUGAAGAUAGAAUGGCGUUAAUAUUCUUCUUUUCGGUAUUUUGGGGAUUUUACCCUUUAUACAACGCGGUUUUCACAUUCCCACAAGAAAGAAGAAUGCUAAUGAAAGAAAGAACAUCAGGAAUGUACAAACUAUCCUCAUAUUUCUUAGCAAGAACAAUAGGAGACUUACCCUUAGAGUUAGCCCUACCAACUGCCUUUGUGUUCAUAAUAUAUUGGAUGGGAGGCCUAAAACCAAGCCCUAUAAUCUUCCUUCUAUCCCUCAUUGUUAUUCUUUACAAUGUGUUAGUUGCUCAAAGUCUUGGCCUCGCGAUAGGGGCCAUACUUAUGGAUAUAAAACCAGCCACAACCCUAGCCUCGGUUACAACCCUAGUGUUCCUUAUUGCAGGAGGAUACUAUGUUCAACAAAUCCCUCCUUUUAUAGUGUGGCUUAAGUAUUUAAGUUAUAGCUUUUAUUGUUAUAGAUUGCUUUUAGGGGUACAAUACCAAGAAAAUGAUACAUACCCUUGUUUCAAGAUGGGUAAAUGGGAAUUGUGCAAAGUUACUGAUGUUCCGGCUGUUAAAUCAAUGGGCCUUAGUCAUUUGUGGGUGGAUGUUUGGAUCUUGGGAUUGAUGUUGGUUGGUUACAGAAUUAUUGCUUACUUGGCACUUCAACGACUUCGUAUUAAAUGAUCGACUGUUAAGCUGGUUGUUGAGAUUUUAAUAUAUGUUGUAUGUUCUAUCUGUGACGUUAUCGUGAAAAAUGAGAAAUGGAAAAGUAUAUAAAGUAUGUUCCAUCUUUUUGAGAGAAAAUUAUAAAAAUUUAUAUAUGAUGUGUUAUGCAAGUGAAAUAGUGCUUGUUUAGUUUUAGGGGCCUUCAAGAGCUUUUUUUGUACGAGGUUAAUAAUAAUUGUAAUUUUGAUGAAGUUAUAUAUAAUUUGGACUUAAUUUAAGUACUCCGAAUCAGAGAUGAAGAAAUGUGGUUAUUAUGGCCACCAUGUUGUAUUAGUACUUCAUAAUAAUAACAAAAAAUAUUUCAAAAGCUUUAUAGCUCA